AGCACUUAUAUGAUAAGUGUUUUGCAAUAAGCCCUUAAUUAAACCUUUAUCCAAACAGAGCAUAUAUGUCUUUGAUUAUUGAUAUGUAUAGGGAUUGCCCACUUGCUACUAAUAACUAUGGCCUGUAUUCAUUUGAUUUGAAUUUGUUGUUCUACCCCCUUCUAAUUUAUGUCCUAAUUAUUGAAGGUUUCUCCUAUUUCAAUAGUCCUUGUAAUUUAAUCUUUGUUUAUGCAAUAGUACAUUUUAUUUAGUAUCACCACAAAUGAAUUUUUGAAAAUUUGUGGGCUUCUCUCUGGCCACUUAGCUUUGCAUUAUAGUUAUAUUGUACACAUUUUUCUAUGAAACAAUCUUUAUUUUUUUUGUUUUGAUUAGCAUAUUGGUUCUGACAUACUCUUGUAGAAGAUUUUGAUCUUGUAAAAGAUUUUGAUGUUACAUUACAUUAUGUCCAACGUGCUUGGUUUUUGUUGCAUUCUAUUUCUAUGUAUGGAUGUGUUUUGGUUGCUGCUGUUGGAUGAAAGGAAUGUAUUGAGUUUCUGGGUUGUUGUUUUCGUCCUGUUACAACCUUCUAUAUUUCAGUUUAUAUGCAAAUUUGGUUCAUUUAUUUACUAUGACGAGUUAAUAACAGAACCUUGCGGUUGAUAUUCAAACACGGGUGUUAGUUUAGCGAAUGAUUAAUUUACUAACGGGACAGAACUCAACUUUGACCUAUUUGACAUUAUUUUUUAUUUAUUUCCUUCAGUACUUGCUAAUGUAUCUUCAUUAUGUAGGUAAAUUUCAAGUAAUACUAGUUUCUAUUCUACCUCCAUUGUUGCUGCACCAUCCUGGAACAGUAUCAGCUCGGUGUUGGUUUACAGAAACUUCCUCUACACGCUCUUGAAAUUACUGCAACACUUUCAGGUUCAAAGACUCUCAUUGAUGUUGAAAACGAAGUUUCUCGAUUGGUACUUGAAGAUUGGGGUUGCGUCAGCUUUGGUUGGGGCUUCUAUGGAAUUUUUCAUGGUCAAAACAGGGUUCUAUGAUAAAGUAACUGUUUUGGAGUCAGAAAAGCGCGCCUUGGAGAAUUCUCCAGAAGCUCAAGCAAUUAGAGAAGCUCUCAACCCUUGGAGACAUGUUGAUACAAAAGAAACAAACAAGCCCUGACGUGAGUAUGAGCCAUUUUAUUAAAAUCCAUGAAUGAUUUGUCAAGAAUUUUACCGAGAAUACGCUGGAAGUCGAUUGCAUAUGGACUGCUUUUCUGUUAUACUUAUGAUUCAUGUCAUGGAAUUAAUGGAGCCCUUCCAUUGCGGCAUCUUGUUAACCAGCCUGCAAUUCAUGGGCAACUCUACCAUGUAUCACACACACACAACCUUCUAUUUAUUUUUGCUACUCUAUGGCUUUGAAUCUUAGGGAAAUUUAAUUAUUUUGUUAGUAUGAUACAAGGUGAAUGUCGCAAUAUUCCCAAUAAAUAAAACAAUUCUAAA